CAAGUCUACGCUUGGUCUCUCUUAUAUAUGUGACAUUAUUAGCAAUCCAUGUGUGUCUAAGCAAAAAUGGGAACCAAACCUUCUUCCUUUGCUUCAGUUUUGCUUUCACUACUUGUGCUACAUUUGUGUUUGCAACAUGAUGUAGUUGAAGGAGCUGGAAGAGAAGCCUUGGAAAUCAUCAUUGGUGGCGGUGGCGGCAGCUACAGCCCUCCUGCUCCUGCUCCCGCCCCCGAAUACGAAGACUGCCCUCCUCCUCCACCUCCUCCUUGCCCUCCCCCUCCACCUCCUCCUUGCCUACCACCGCCAUCUCCUCCACCACCGCCGCCGCCAUCUCCUCCACCACCGCCGCCUCCAUCUCCUCCACCACCGCCACCGCCAUCUCCUUCACCACCACCUCCACCGCCACCACUACCCCCUCCGCCUCCGCCUCCACCAUCACCCGCUCCGAUAUUAAGCCGACUUGAACUUGCUCGUCGAGUAAUACAGAAGUUCAAGAAACUGAUCGGGGAGGACGGUGACCCUUACAACAUCACAGGAACAUGGACAGGCGAUAAUCCAUGCACCUACAUGGGCUUCACCUGUGCAGAACACCCUGUCUAUAAACAACUGGCAGUCGCCGGAGUUGACUUCAACGGCAAAAGGUUGGCUGGCAAAGUGUGCGGCGGCAAAGAUAGGCAGCUACCCCUUAACGGUUUCCUAGACAAGUUAGAGGACUUGGUGUUUUUCCAUGCCAACUCCAACAACUUCACGUCUGUGAUAGUCCCGACCACAUCUCAACUUCCAUACUUCUACGAGCUCGAUCUCAGCAACAACGACCUUAAAGGGAAGUUCCCAACUGAUGUUCUUAGUGCCACAAACUUGACAUUCUUGGAUCUCCGAUUCAACGGUUACCAGGGUUCAGUUGACCCGAGGGUGUUCUCUCUCCAAGUUGAUGUGCUCUUCCUCAACAACAACAAUUUCAAUGAGCGGAUUCCUGAUGCUAUAGGAAACACACCAGCACAUUAUCUCACUUUUGCGAACAACAAAUUCUGGGGUCCAAUCCCAAAAACCAUUAGCCAAGCUUCAAAAACGCUUUAUGAGGUCCUCUUCCUCAACAACCAACUCUCGGGGUGUUUGCCGAUGGAAAUUGGAAAACUUGACCACGCAACCUUGUUCGAUGCGAGCAACAACUUCUUAACAGGCCCGAUUCCUCAAUCGUUUGCUUGCUUGGCCAAGAUGGAUAUUCUGGCCUUCGACUACAACCUGUUGUAUGGAGCAGUGCCUGAGUUGCUAUGCAAGAUUCCCACCUUGUCGAACUUGUCAUUAACAAACAACUAUUUCACCCAAGUCGGACCGGAGUGCAGAAAACUGAUCAAGAAAGGGGUUCUUUUUAUCAAGAACAAUUGCAUCUGGGACCUUAAAGAUCAAAGAUCAAAGGAUGAAUGUGCUUGGUUCUUCUCUAAGCCUAGGUACUGUCCCCACGAGAAUUCGAAGACCAUGCUUUACAUUCCUUGUAAAACUUACUAUUCAAGAGAGAAGAAGCUUGAACAUCGGGGUCGACGUGCUUCUGCCCCAUUAAGUUAUGGUACUCUUGCUCCACAUAAUCCUUGAUUUUCAUGCUCUUUUGGGAUUCAUCAAAGAAGCAUGGUGGGUCUUGAUCGGCCAUUUCUUAUAUGCAUAUAUGUUUCGCUUAUUUAUGUUUAUAACUUCGAUCAAUCAUAGUUUUUAAGGAGCGUUGUAACCUGAUCUAUAGUACCAAUGAAGGUGCAAAUCUGUAUAAUAAUGAUGAGGUUCCAUUAGUUCUAUGAUUUUACGUGUGGUCA